UUAGGCGGGGGGAGGUUCGGGGCUUUGCCAUGCCCAAUAUCGGGGCUCGCGCUGGGGGCGCAAGAGAGUGUGGCUCCUCGGAUGCCUACACUCAGCAUGUGGCGCCCCGCUUGGGCGCCCCCUGGCGUCGCCAAAAAAUUUUUUUUUUCUAGAAAAAUAGCGCAAAACCAGAGUCCACAUAUCCAUCGGGUCCGAUCACUUCAACAAUCAAUGUCAGGGACAGCUUUGCUCUCGCAAGAACUCCGGGUUACUAGAAGCGUGUUGCAGUUUGAUUUUCACCACAGCGCGCUCGUGUUGGCUUCAUUGAGGUAGGGCAGUCUGGCGCCUGGUAGGGUGUGUGGGUCUGUGGCGCCGCCAAGCCUCCCAGUGAGUCUGCGCUCAUUGGUGUGCAAGCUUCUGCCACGAUGUUUCCUCGUUUCUUGACACACCAAAAAAAUUGGGCUUGCAGCACCUGCCGGAAGCGUCUCAGCUCAUGGCUGGGACUGUUUCUUCCAGAAGAUGCGCAAUUGUUGUGCCGCACACACCUUCACUCUACGAGGACGGGCCACAAUCCCAUAGCGAUUUGUUGUUUUUCCCGUGUUUGGUUGAUUCGGGAUUGAAAGCUGCCGGCCUCUGUUGAUUCGCGUUUGAAAUUGCCUCGACUUCUGUGAUUCACGUUUGAAAUUGGUCCAAAUGCCUUGAUUCGCCACCAUUCCAGUACUCUGGUUCCCCGGAUCUUCGCUUCUAUUGUUUCUUCUCCUUGUUGAAGUCAUGCGGGGGGGCCACUAGAAAAGGCCUUUGCUUGCCGGAGAUCCCGCCGGAGUUCAGACUUUGGCGGCGCUAUGGUGUGCGGUGCUUUUUUGGGGUGAGGUGGCAAUUGACUCGGUAGCAGGCUUCCCACGUCCUAGGGAUUAGCCAUUGGAAGUUACAGAGGGCCCACUCCAUGGACCAGAGACAGAUCCUCGCCCGAGUGUGGACUGACAGGCGCACUUUUUUGGUAGCAUGCAAUGUGAAGCACCUCCCCACCCCUUUGAAUCACCUCCCCACGCAUUACCCCCCCACCCGGAUCACCUACCCACCUCCCCUGCGUCACCUUGUGACGCGGCCGCAUCACCGCCGUAACAAACGGCCGGAGGUGAUGCAACAACAGAGCCUGCGGCGGCCUUGGUUGUUGGUUGUUAGUUUAGCCUAUAGGAUUCAGGGUUGGUUCGGGGUUUUUUUAGGGUCGUCGAGGCCAGCCGGCGCGAUGCCGCCGGCGCGCCGGUAUGGCCUCGGCGGUUCUUUCUUCGUGUUGUUCCCCCCGUGGCCCGCCUUUGCCCCUCAUCCUUUGGGCCUCAGCUUCUUCCUGGUAGGUCCUUAUCCGGUGCGCGAGUUGCAGCGCGCAGCAGGUUGCGGACUUAUAUAUUGCCACGCACGUUGUGGCAGAUAUCUGGCCGCAUGGCCGGGAGUAGAUGGCGCAGCAGCAAGGCUGCAGUCCUCCGGGGGUCGUCGCGUUCUGGUCGGCACUCAUCAAGAGCUUCGCCGACCACGAAUCGAGGAGAACGACGUGGGGAAGUGCAACGCAGUGGGGAG